CAAAUCCGGCUGUAGAUGCUCUUAGCUUUGGACCAAACCCAAACUGACAGUGUGCCGGAGAGAUGUUGCAAUAAUCCAGAAAUCUUAGGGGGCAAACUAAAAAUCCAAAAAACGCUAUCCUGCCCCUGCGCGUGCGGCCUUCACGACCCACUCAUGAUGGCGGCGGCGGCGGCGUCGGCGGCGAGGCGCGCCGCCACCGGCCUGUUCCCGAUGCUCCUCUCCUCGCAUUCCCGAGCCCUCCCGCGCCACGGAGAUUUCCUUGCACUGCCCUCCCUCGUUCGCCCCCGCCGCCUCCCUUCCCACCCCGCCAAGCUCUUCUUCUGCUCCGCCGCCGCCUCCUCGAAUGGCGAGGCCCCGGAGAAGGCCCGGGACAUGCACCUGUACAACACGAGGUCGAGGAGGAGGGAGCCGUUCCGUCCCCGCGCGCCCGGCGGGGAGGUCGGCAUGUACGUCUGCGGCGUCACGCCCUACGACGACAGCCACAUCGGCCACGCCCGCGCCUACGUCGCCUUCGAUGUCCUCUUCAGGUACUUGCGUUAUUUGGACUAUGAAGUACGCUAUGUUCGGAACUUUACUGACAUCGAUGACAAGAUAAUUGCAAGAGCUAACCAAUUGGGGGAAGAUCCUUUUAGCUUAAGCAAAAGAUACUCAGAUGAUUUCCUGUCGGACAUGGCUCAUCUUCAAUGUCUACCACCAUCUGUGGAGCCCCGUGUUUCAGAUCACAUUGAUCAAAUUGUAACCAUGAUAAAACAGAUCAUCGAUAAUGGUUGUGCAUAUGUAGUAAGUGGGGAUGUCUAUUUCUCUGUUGACAACUUUCCUGAAUAUGGGAAGUUAUCGGGUCGAAAACUAGAUGAUAAUAGAGCCGGUGAAAGGGUUGCAGUUGACGAUAGAAAGAAAAACCCAGCUGAUUUUGCUCUAUGGAAGGCUGCAAAAGAUGGGGAACCAUGGUGGGAUAGCCCUUGGGGCCCGGGUAGGCCAGGAUGGCACAUCGAAUGCAGUGCCAUGAGUGCACAAUACUUGGGCAAUUCUUUUGACAUUCAUGGUGGUGGGGAGGACCUGAUAUUUCCACAUCAUGAGAAUGAAAUCGCUCAAAGCCGUGCCGCAUGUUGUGACAGCAGCAUAAAUUACUGGGUGCACAAUGGUUUUGUCAAUGUAAAUGGCCAGAAAAUGUCUAAAUCCCUUGGUAACUUUAUCACUAUACGCAAGGUCAUAGAGCUGUACCACCCACUUGCGUUGAGGAUGUUCUUACUUGGUACCCACUACAGGUCCCCAAUCAACUACACAGUAGAGCAGCUUAAUGUUGCAUCGGAUAGAUUGUACUACACUUAUCAGACAUUGCGUGAUUGUGAAGAAAGCACCCAGCAGGACCAAAGCAGUAGCGGAGGUUCACUACCUUUUACUACCACGCACUGCAUCGAGAAGCUUCACGAGGAUUUCGAGACCUCGAUGUCCGAUGAUCUUCACACUUCGGUGGCGCUGGCUGCUAUUUCCGAGCCGUUGAAAGUUAUGAAUGAUUUGCUGCAUACUCGUAAGGGAAAGAAGCAGGAGAAACGGCUGGAAUCGCUCGCGGUCUUGGAAGAGAAAGUGAGAAUGGUGCUUUCUGUCCUAGGGCUGAUGCCCUCUAGCUACCAUGAGGCGCUGCAGCAGCUGCGGGAGAAGGCGCUGCGGAGGGCGGGCGUCACCGAGGAGCAGGUGCUGCAGAAGAUCGAGGAGCGGACGGCGGCGAGGAAGGCGAAGCAGUUCGGUCGGUCGGACGAGAUCCGGGACGAGCUGGCAGCCCUCGGCGUUGCCCUCAUGGACGGGCCCGACGGCACCGCCUGGAGGCCCUCCGUGCCGGCCUCGGAGCAGCCCGUGGCUGCCAAGAGCAGUAAAUGAACCUCCAGCGAGGCACCGUCUUAGACAGUUUUGUGAAACCGCAAUGUAUGUAAUCGAGGAUCUGUGAUUUGGGAAUUCAACAAAAGAAGUUCCGAUGGAGACGGAGGAAUGUACUGCGUAGGCCUUUGAAAUGAAAUGAAGAGAGUUUUGAUGGAUGCCAACAAAA